AUGCUUCGUUUUGCAAAUCCAAUAAUAACAAUUUCAACUCCUUCGAAUUCACGAACGAAUCCAGUCAUUCAGUUAGCUCCUGGAUCGACUCUUUCGAAUAAUCAGCCGCAAAUUUCUAAUGAACAAAUUGCCAUGAUCAAUGCAUUGGGUAAUUAUACAGGUGAAUCUGAGGAGAAAUGUCUUCGUUAUUUGAUCUUUUUUGGUUGGAACUUUGAGUUGGCAUAUAAGGCAACUGUUUUAUUGAGCCAAGAGCUGUGUGAAAGAACCAAAUUGUCUAAUUUGUUUCUUGCGAGAAGAAUUUUAGAAGAAGCACAAUUUGAUGUGACGUUGUGUCAUCAGCGAAUGGAAUUAGUCUUGUAUUUGAUGAAUAGAACUAAUUUGGUUCAUGUAUUUGCCUAUGAUUGCUUGCAACAAUAUCAAUGGAAUAUCAACAGUGCUUUACAACGAGUUUUUGAGUUGGCUUCCAUGAAUAGAUUACCUUCUCAUGCAUUUUCAACAAUUCCUAAUUUGCAAGUGCAACAACAAUCGAAUAACAAUCAACCAGAUUCUGCCAGAUCACUGCUUGCUCUUCAAACUGCUUACCAUAACCAAUCGAGACACAAUUUAUUUAAAUUGUAA